AGACUUCCGGUGUAAUCGCUUCCAGUUACUUUUAGCUGUAAAAAUAGCUUGUUAAUUAAGCUGCACACUGGCAUUUCUUAUUUUAUUAUUUUAAUGAUUUGUCAUAAUUAUAAACAAUUAUUUGUAGCACAAAUUGUUUUAUUUAGCCUACUGCACUCUCUUAUAGCCCCAGAUAGCACAGAUACGUCUGCAAGAUUAGCUACUUCAUCUGGAAAGCAUCUGCUGUGUGCAAACAUCUGACAGACGUCUCUAACAUGUCAGUUUUACAUUCAUUCUAAAUCAUAAACAUCUUAAAGACAUCUUCUAAACUUCUUUUUGACAUAUAGACCUAUUGUAGAUGAGGAAACUCUAAAAAUUAGUCUUGCAAAUGUAAAUGCAAACGUCAAAUAGACAUCUCCGUGAUGCACAUGCACUAUCACGUUGCAAAAAAAGAUGUACAGUAGGCCCAAAUGCUCUCGCAUUAAAAACAGCACGAGUCUCUGCAGCAAGCAAAUAAAAAUCUCCCGUGCAGACUAUUCCCAGUUGACAUUAUCUGAGCAAUUCAUCAAUGUCAGAUUUCAUUCUUACGGGACUGAGCCAUCUACUUAAACACCCUUUAACCAGCACCAGUGUCCUCUGUCUACUGAAAGCGCAUUACAAUGCUCACCUUUAACCUAACCGUCCCACUCUCUGUUGACUUUUCGCGUCCUGAAGAUUAUUUGAUAUUUAUUUUUCAUGUCCUGUUUGCCACAGGUUCGACUCUGCUGGCAGGGUCAGUAGUCAUCGGAAUCAUGAGCACCAGAGCCCUGCGCUCCCAAAACCGCUUCAUCUUCAUGUUAAACACCAGCACCAGUGACACUUUAACCGGCUGCUCCGUCUUCUACCUCGGCCUGUUUGACGUCCAGGAGGGCUAUCCGUCCCGGAACGGCACUUAUUACAUUUUACCAUCAUUUCUCGGAGUGAACGUGUUGACAUUUGUGUUUGCACAGUUUGAUAGAUACCUGGCAGUGUGUCACCCCUUCUUCUACAAGCGGUACAUCACGCGCGCGGUUGUGACUGGCGUCUGCGCGCUCUGUUGGAUCUACACAUAUUCAAUUCUAACUGUUCAAAGCGUCGUGCCAGUGGCGUUCGCCGCUCAAAUGAACGCUUUUGGGGUCAUAGUCCUGCAGGUGAUCGUGGCUGUCAAAGUUUUAAUGACCAUCAAGCUGUACAUGAUCACGAGGUAUCAGCUCAGCCGAGAAGCGCCCAGCAGCGACAAGGACAGCAAGAAAGAAUCGCUGCGCAUUAUCGUUUUUGUGGUCAUUUGUUUUCUCGUCUUGUGGGCUCCGUCUUUUGUGAACAUCUCGGUGAAAUAUGUCACUAAGAACGGAGUGAGGUUCAAAAAUGAAGCCACGAAUCUGUUCGCGAUCAUGGCGCGAUUUAACGCGCUCAGCACGCCCGCGCUGUACAUCUGGGGCAGUCCGGCGUUACGCGCGGCCGUCUGGAGCUCCGUGUGGAGUAAAGUAUUCAAGAGAAGAAAGACAAGGUUUGUUUCUGGGUCUAAUUGUACGCAGGGGACGUGUUAAUGGGAAAUAUGAGAUGGGAGGGGGAAAAAAUGCAUAAUGUUUUUCAAUGCGCCCUCAUGAGCACUUAUAAAUAUAGUUUUUCCCCACAAAAGUUUGCGAGCGAACGCCAAGUUUCUCGGGGCAAACCAAACGAACACAAAAGCAUUGCAAUAUAAAUUUUCCUCCCAUCUAAUUGU